GAGCUUGCAUACUGAACUAAGUCACAGAUAGAAAUACAUCUGAAGCAAGCGUUCCUAGCUUUACAGAUAUCUGUGGUCUAGACAAAGGUUGAAGACAUAGGGAACUAACUAACAGUAAUACAUACCUGAUAUAACAGCUCUGAGGACACCAUUCACACACCACAGACUCUUUCAGCACAGAAUGACACUUCCUACCAUGCUGCUCUAUGUUACAGUACUAAUUGCCAGUCUCCAUGCCUCAAAUUUGACAAGUUAUCCACCUUCUCCCACCUUCUCUGUGAGUCCAUCAAGCAAUCUGUACAAGAAGGGGCAGAAGGUCACUAUGAUGUGUUCCCCUCCUAAUAACAGUGAUGUUAUGGAAAUCAUUUUUUACAAGGAUAAUAAACUAAUACACACAAAUGAACAACAAGGGGCAAAGAAUAAUACUAUGAUGUCUCUAUCCAACAAAGAGGAUGAAGGAAAUUAUCACUGUGGGUAUACGGUGAAUAAUAAUGGAACACCAAAAUUAUCGAUUACUAGUAAUACAGUGUUCAUAAGAAUGUCUGGUUAUCCACCUUCUCCCACCUUCUCUGUGAGUCCAUCAAGCAAUCUGUACAAUAAGGGGCAGAAGGUCACUAUGAUGUGUUCCCCUCCUAAUAACAGUGAUGUUAUGGAAAUCAUUUUUUACAAGGAUAAUAAACUAAUACACACAAAUGAACAACAAGGGGCAAAGAAUAAUACCAUGAUGUCUCUAUCCAACAAAGAGGAUGAAGGAAAUUAUCACUGUGGGUAUACGGUGAAUAAUAAUGGAACACCAAAAUUAUCGAUUACUAGUAAUACAGUGUUCAUAAGAAUGUCUGAUUCCAUACCAUACUGGAGCUAUUACAUGGCAGGUGGCAGCUUAUUUUUGUCAGCAUCGGCUGCUGUAGCUUUCUUGCUGUUUAGGAGAGCUCAGAAAAAGAAGGCCGAAAACUUAGUAUCAACAUCACAUGUAAAAGAAGAUGAUUUAUAUUCAGAAAUCACCCUACAUCCAUUCCUAGAAAAUGAAAAACAUUCAUCAACAGAAGUUCCUAAAAGAAUAAAUGCCAAUUCAAAGGACCAUGCUGCUAAAAGCUUCAAAACAUUUCCACCAUUGGAUCUACUCUCACCGCCAGACAAAGAGAUUGAAGUGCUGCACACUUAUUCAGAAAUUGAUCAUUAUACCAGCGGAAAAAAGAGCGCCUUAUUAACAGACUCUUACAUCACAAUUUAUUCUACUGCUCAGGCUCUGGAUCCUUUGCCUUUUGUUUAUCAGACUGUAGUUAAGAAAACAACUUAAGCAUCAUAUAAAAUAACUCUUAAAUCUGGAGUGCUAUCUGUCUAUACAAUUUCUCUACAUAUUUUAAAUUGAACAUAAUAUGCAUAAAGAACAAUUAUAUGCUUUGCUAUCCCAACCAUAAUACCCACAUUUUUUUCAACCAAUGGUUCCAAGUUGAUGUGACACCAUUAGCUGAUACCAUUAGAGUUGAAUGCUAGUAUAAGGCAAGUAUCCCAUUGAGAAUGUUACCAUUGAAGCUUGCUCACCUGAGCUCUCUAGACGUAAAGGGCCAAGAAACCUUUUUCAGCAUCUAACAUUAUGCACUAGGAAGGACAUGUUUGCACAUAUAUAGAGUAGAUCAAGUCAUUGGUCAGUCUCUAUUGCCAAGAUCUUCACUGUCUACUACAAAAUCAACUGUGUCGUGUGGAAUGAACUCAGAAAGCAAAAGGUAUAAUUUGUUUACCUAUAUUUUGCCAAAUAUUUUAAGACAUUCAAUAAUAAAAUCAAUCCAUAAUUCACACAUUAUGGGAUCUAAGCAUGGCAAAGGGGGCCAUUAUUAUAGAGACUGGGUACAGGAUCUGGAAUAAGAGAAUUCACUAAUGUGAGCGGCUGUGUGGCGGGGCUGCCCUAACCUGGUAGAAGCACCAAGUUUACAUACACAGUGAAGACUACGCAAGCCCUCUCACUUCUCUAAAUGGUGUGAGAGAGCACCAAUCCAAGCAGCUGGUAGAGGGUGGUGAACAAGGCAAUAAUUGUCCAUAAUAAGUACAGCUGCACCAGUGAUCUGACUUGUGUGGAUUUCAAGCGCUACCAAACGGUCAGUGGACACAGUAUUAGGGGGCAUGGGUGCGUUCCCCUAAGGUGGGGACUUGCACGCCUCAGGUGAUACCAAAAUUGUAGGGGGCAUGGCCGCGUACCCCCAAGGUGGGGACGGGCACGCCCCAGUUGGUACAACGUUGGAAGAGCCUUUGCGCACCGCUUCCGUUUCCUUAUCCUGCGAUUUGUUUGGUUGUGAUUUAUGUGAGUAAUAAAUAAAGCUGUGACGAUUUUCAAU